UAUAAAUAAAAGUCCAAGUCGCAUAUAUUUUCAAAAUGGAGGUGUAAAUGAAUAUAACUUACCCUAAAUUAUACUUUAAAGUUGCUCAUAGGAAAUACAUGGCGUCUGCUGAAAAUAUUACAAUAUGCAAAGUUACUCACUCACCGAUCAACGUGUAUGCUUAAUUCAUAGCCAGUUUAUUUAAUCAUCGGUAUACUGAUUAAAGUCACAUUACUUGUGCUAGAAAAAAUACACCAAAUGAAUUAUAUAAAGGAUUUAAUAAAACCCCAUAGAGAUACAAGUGCCGUGAGUUUUGUGCUACUAGGCAUGAUGUUUGAGAUACGUUGAACGCCAGUGAGAAGGGUUAAAAGCUAUUUUUGAUAUUUCAAGUUGAUCAUUGAACAAUUUAUCUGAUUGAAUAACAUUACAUUUUUAUUACCUAUAGAUGCCAUAUAUCAUACCUCUUGACAAAACAAGGCUAACUGCCAAGUUAGCUAAAAAGGUUAUGUUUUAAUCUACCAAAGGAGUCGUUGCAAGUUUUUAAAAUGUCCAUCUUGAAGUUGAUUUAUUUUGACUGUAAAGCUCGAGCUCAUGCAAUAAGAUAUCUUCUAGCAGACAAUGGUAUUCCUCAUGAAGACAUCAUUAUUCCAUUUCUCUCUGAAGCUGGUGUCGCCGAUGUAGAAGCAAAUGGCAUAACAUUGGAUAGAAUAUUUAGUGAUGCAUAUGAUAUGAAUGUAAACCUAAGUGAGGAAUGGAACACACUUAAACCUGAUAUGCCAUUCAAUGUUUUGCCAGUGCUUAAAACCCCAGAGGGCAAAUUAAUAUCACAGGCCAAUGCCAUCCUGCGCUUUCUUGCCAGGAAGUAUGACCUAUAUGGGACAACUGAUGAUGACGUCACCCAGAUAGAUAUUCUAACUGAGCACGAGAGCGAAGGGAGGGAGCAGAUAUAUGUGAAGGCUUAUGGCGACUAUGCCAUCCAAAGAGAAAAGUUGGUGAAGUUGAUCCUCCCAGAUAAUCUUAGGCCUCUGGAGAAUGAACUGAAGAAAAAUAAUGGUGGAACAGGAUUUCUUGUGGGAAAGAAGAUUUCUUUCA